GGCCCUUACCCAGCGACAACCCAAAGUCGGACGACGGAUACUCCCAUCGAUGGUAUAUUUGUGACCGACGGCGUCCGUGUAACGGCAGGUGGAUACUUGGACUUUCAGCAGUAUUUUAAGUCGGACCAUAGGGGACUCUGGAUUGACAUUGACCUGGAAGCGACUCUGGGGGCUCCACCGGUGACCUCUCCUUCCUUCCAACCACGUCGAUUGACACUGGCUGAUGGUCGGUCUGUGGACCGCUAUAUUAAGGCUUCGGAAGCGGGCUACCGGCAUUUCCGCCUUCCCCAACGCUUGACCCAAUUAGCGGAGGAUAUUUCGGUCCAGGACGGUUACCUUACGGCGAAUCAGCAAGCUCGAUUCAACACCAUUCAUCGCCAGGCCUAUGAGAUCCGCCGAAGGGCUGAGCGCAACUGCUGGAAACUGUCGAUGGGUAAGGUUCACUGGUCACCACAAAUGCAGCAGAAAUGGGAUAGGUUGCACCUUUACCAGCUCCUGAUAUUGGGCCAUAAACAGGUCAGGACUAGUUCACGGAAGGUACGGCGUUUGUUGAAGAGGACCGGGCUGACCGAUGCAUGGAAAUUGUCAGAAGCUGACCUACAGGCAAAGUGGUACCUUGAACAUCAAGACUACAAAGAGGCCAAGCGGAAGCGUGCCCAUCAGUGGCGCCUGGAAUAUCUGGAGACCCGAUCGGCAGCGGUCCAGAGCGCAAAGAAGGGCAACAUCAAAGCUUGUACCAGACGGACUCGAGUCCAGCGGAUGGCACAAAAAGAAGAGACCCGACGGCGACGGAAAACUCAAGGCAAAGGCUUCUCUGGCGGCCUCGAGCAGAUCAAAGUGGCACAGGUGGCACAGGAUGGUACCUCCCAUUGGGUAACAUGCCAGUCUAAACGUCUUCUGGAAGAAGGCUGCAUGCAAGAGAACCGGCUCCGGUAUGACCAGACCCGCUACCCCUACUCCACUCCACACAUGACUGAACCUUUGUACUCCGACUUCAAUGGCCCCAAUGCCAAAAGUAACAGCCAAGCACUGCUCCGUGGUCUCUAUGAAGGCGAGACAGCGGAUCCUUACCUGGUGUCAUUCCUGGAUCAUUGCCGACGGCCGGAGGGCUUGGAAGACCAGCCACUGGAAGUGGAUCUGGAGGACCAUGUUAGCUUCUGGCGCAAUGGGGCAGGACCUCCCAUCUGGGUUGCAAUUAGCUCCAUUCUCUUGGGGAUGAUGAUUAGCAAAGGCUUUGGCUUUGACUUUCUGAUGUCAAUCUCUUCGGCUUCGCUCUUGGCCAAUUGCUUUUGUUUCGUCGAUGACACUGAUGUCUGCCAAGCGGCACCGUCUCCUGACCAGUCUGGGGAAUCUAUUGUCCCAGAGGUGGCCAAAGCACUGAAAUUGUGGUCCAACGGCGUCCGCCUGACUGGUGGCGCCAUCCCACCAGAUAAAUCCUUUUGGUAUCUGAUUGACUUCAAGUGGAAUGCCCAACAAGGUGUAUGGAAAUUCCGGCGGAAGGGGGAUUUCAAACCAUCUCUUCUUCCCACAGGAAUGUCGGAAAUUGCGGUU